GCGCCGAUCACGACCAGCAGGAGAGUUUUUUUGGCUCUGUAAGAACUUUAUUACAGAUAACGAGUGAAGAAAUAAAGUUUAUCUGUCUUCGAGAAUGAAGAACUCUCUUGGUCUGCAACUUCGCCCAUGGACAGCCAGACGGGCAUCUGCACGACUCCCUUGCAGGCGGUAUUCGAGAAGGAUUAAUUCCAGAUGCUUUUCCUCUGCGCGAAGUUUGACCGCGGGAGGUGCACCUGCUGCAUCUACUUCCGAGGCGUCUUCUCGGCAAAUAAAAGGUACGAUCCUGACUACCAGCGCGCGGAACAUAAAUUCUGCAACACAACCUCAAGUCGAACUUGCAAGCAGCGACGCACAACUUUGCGGGCGGAAGAUCGAAGAUGGCCCAGGCUUCGGCGGGGUAGGUGCAGCAAAGAUCGUCUCCAAGAAAAAUUUCUUCGCGCCAGACCAACAUGGUGCGCUGGCUAGUCCUCGGAAGAAACGCUUUGGGGGUGUUGUAUGACCUGCUCAAACGUUGCAAUCUCAAACGUUACAAUAGAGUCUGAGAUUUGUCUUGCAUGAUGAGCGUGACAGACUCGUAGGGCGUUCAACUUUCUGCAAUACAAGUUUCGCCAGAUUAUACAUAGUGCGUUUUGGAGCUCCGAAACUUGUCAUGCGUAAACCUAUGGGACUACAGUAGAUCAUGCACUCUUGCAUCACAGAUUUCCAUAUUCUAUUGUAACGUGUGAGAUUGUAACACCUGAGCGGGUUAUAUGCUGGGUCAACACCUUCUCGUAGUUCUCCUCCGUCUAGUAUGAACUGCAAAAAUGUCUGGGUCUGGAAGAAUGCAAACUUGUGAUGCGCAUUUCAAAACACAGAAAAAUCUCUCAUGCAUAUGUAGCAAAAGCUACCCACUUUCUGUCACCAAAAUGGGGGAUUUGUCAUGCGGAUUCGGCAUUGCGGAAGCUUCUCGAAACCUGUGAUGCUACAGCUUCCAUGCCAGACCUUCUGUGUCAUGCACAAACAGGAUGACUCUUCCAGACCCAGACAUUUUUACAUUUGAUAUCUAGUACCUUCCAGGCGCUGGUGCUGCGACUGAGGACGCAGCUGCACGAUGCGACGAGCAGUUGUACUUCUUCUAUUGCUUCACAGCAAGAGGAAGAGCACGUUCAGAAAAUCAGGAAGACGCUGCAAAUUCUCCAAAACUCGUACCACGAGGAUUGCAGCACGAAGUGCCUUAUGAACUGCAAAAGUACUAAUCGUAUUCGUAGUAAUUACUGUUACUUAUGCAUGACAAAUCUCUUUUUCUUAAGGUAAAACAGCAUCACAAAUUUCAUUUGUAAAAAUGCUGAGCUAAUUUGUCAUGCGAUCCAUACUAGUACGAUACUUUUGCAAUGCAUAUGCCUGGAUUUACUCGCGAGAGCGCGACUCUUUUUGGCGUUCGAGCACGGGAGGGAGAGGAUGGAAUGGUUGAAACGACAGCUGAGGGAAAAAUGCAUGAAGACUACUUCUUCCGCACGACGUGUACGCGGUUGCUAUUCUGGGGGGUUCUCAUCUGCCGCAGCAGCACGCCACACCAGCAAGAUAGAAAGGCGGCAACAUUUCCUCUCAUUACAGAGUCAGCUUGCGGUGGAAAUGGCAAAACACGACUGUUUAUCAAAUGUAAAAGUGUCUGGGUCUGGUUCUGGAAGAAUGCAACUUGUGAUGCUGCGUUUGGAUUCCAAAAAAAUCUGUAUUGCGUGAGUACCAAAGGGAAUGCAAUUUUUGCUACGCUGAGAAGGCAUUUGUCAUGCGGAAUAGGCAUCGAGAAGCCCUCAAAAAAUCUGUAUUGCUAGGGUAUGGAUCACAGACAUCAUGGCUCAUGCAAAACGUGCAUGACAACUGUCAGAAUCUUCCAGACCCCGACACUUUUACAGUUGAUACUGUUUGCGGAUCUUGUUCUCACCUUCUUCACCUCCGACGUCGAGGGUGGUAGAUAAAAGUGCCAGUCGUGAAGAUGUUGACAGAAGGGGAUAUAAUAUUCCGACUCCCGAAACGGAAACAGGUAGAGCCACGACAUCUUCCAGACCGAACUACCAACACUGUCUCGAGCUCGUAUGCACUGCAAGUAUUUCUGGGUCUGGAAACUUGUGAUGCAAGGAAGGGAAUAGUGGGCUCACUGUAAUGCGCUGCCAAGCAUGACAAGUUUUUCUCAUGGUUCUGAGUUUGUUGCGUAUUCCGCAUGAGCACCUGCGUCUUUGCAUGACAGGGAGGCGGAGCUCUUCGCGGGCACGCAAUACAGAGUUCAGAGUCAUGCCGGACUAGCAUGACAAAUCUCGCAAUCUCCCAGACCCAGAAAUAUUUGCAGUUGAUAGCUCGCCCUGCGGUACCACAAACUACCAUGCUUGCAAAUCUUCCUGACCAAAGGCGGGAGAAGACGAAGAAAGAGCGGUGUCGUCGCAACUUUCCGGGACAAGUGUAGAAAUCAUGAUGUAGUUCUGUCUGGUGCUUCAGCUUCUCCCGCGGGUUUCUACGAUUUUGAAGGCUUAGACAAGCCGUUAAUGACGCCCUCGUUCGUGCGGAGCAGCUGUUCGUUUUCACCACUCGGAGAUGGAAGGAGUGCUGGCACAAUUAUGUCAAACGAUUUAUUUGCUGAACAUCACCAGCAACAAGCAGCCACCUCAACCUGUUUGAGUUACAGCAUGGCGGCGCAGCGGUGGGAGUUCCAGAAUCUUGGUAGUAGUACAACAUCAGCAGGCAGCACAACUGCGUUUUCGGCAACAACAAACAAGCUUCGCAGUGACAGAGUCAACUACAACCGGAAUGGUCGUGUUGGCGAAAACCAAACUAACGAACUGUACGGCUUCCAGUGUCGCGACCCUAGCCUGGUCAGGUGGUGUGUGAAGAACAGGCGCCACAGAACAUCAAGUACAACUACGCAAGUAGGGAAAGAGAAUAAGAUGACGUUGUGGAACCACGACGAAGAUCUACUUCACAGACCACCGGUUGUGUCCUCUGUUCCGAACACGCAAAGGCACUUCCUCCCCGACCUGAAAUUUGUCAAGUUGAAACCCUGGCCAAAAGAGGUGAUCUCACUGUCGGCGAUACAAGCUUCUAGCAGCAGCUCCUCUUGUUCAGCUUCAGGUGGAAAGCUUCUGAAGACUGCGAAAAGUAUAACUUCGGACGAAGAAAGUGGAAAAAACAACGGCUGCACGUUGCUACAGGAUAUUUUCCAAGCGCUCCAGUAUCCUGUGCAAAAGUAUCGCACUCGUAUAAAUGCAUCACAAAUUGAUUUAGCAGUACAAAUUGAAUUUGUAAUGCGGAUUUGCAUCAACAAAAAGAUUUGUAAUGCAUAAACGCAAUUAAUACGAGUGCAUAUACUUUUGUACUGCAUAUCCAGCCAAAAUACCCGGACUUGGUCACGGAGGCGCGGUACAAACUGCAAUACCUGAAAGACUAUCAAAUGCAAAUAUCCCUGGAUGUCUGGAAACUUGUGAUGCUAAAAUGUGGACGAUGGAAACCGUUCCGAAUGCAACCCAGCAUGACAACUUUAUUCCAGCACGCUUUCUCAUAGGCAAUCCGCAUGAGAAGCUGCGUUCUUUUUGCAUGUACAAAAGAGGCUGCGACUUUUCUUGUUGGUAUAUGCAUUACAGGUUGAUGUCUAGGUAUGGAAAGCUAGCACUACAAGUUCCAACCUUCCAGACCCAGACAUUUUUGCAAUCCACAAAGACCGGCAGAAGUGGAUCCCCUUUAUUCCGCAAAUCAAGACGCGCAAGCACCACGGCGGCCGGCCGCAACGGUCGAAGUGCGGGGGCUGGCGCCAGUGGGGACCGGAUUUCGCCUAUCGUGAGGAAAAAUCCGCCCUCCCCAUACUCACAGUUGAAAUUUGUGAUGCUGAUUUGUGACCACAAAUCAGCUUUGUCUUGCAUAUGAGGCAAAUGGUAGCCGUGUGGCGCAUUCCGCAGCAAAGCUGUCGUGCGCUUUUGCUUACUGCAAAGCUGUCUGUCGUGCCUGAGUGCUAGCCUUUUGCAUACCUAAUCAGGCUUAAAAAAUGCCUGCAAGCGCUUGCUGCAAUACAGCGCUGAUUUGUGUACACAAAUCCAGCAACAGAAAUUCCCGUUUCAAUAUGGGGAGGGGGCUUUUUUCACUUUGAUAUCGCCCUGCGGGAUCGGAAGGUGGACGGGCCGUUCGGCAAGUUGCCGAGCUGAAGAUAGUCCCGAAGAUUUUUAUCGCUUCAAAUCAAAAGUUUUCGUGUAUCACCUCACGAGCACCUCCUGGAAAAUGAACUUUCUGUAGUACGGGGAAAGUUCUGAAGUAGUACUACGCGCUGCAUCA